CGCCGAUUUUAAAUACUGACCUUCCGGUGCAAUUUUGUCAUUCAUAUACGAAACCAUGUCUAACUUUUAUUUCACUUUCUAUGGCUGAACAAGUAAAUACACUAACAGACUAUCCAACUGUUCCUUGUAAAAAACGGAAGCAGACAGAAAAUCAUGCUAAAAAGACAGAGCAGCUACUAAAGAAGUUGGAGAACCCGAAAAAUGCCUACCGUUUAAUCACAUGUGAAUUUGAUGAAAGCAUUUUACAAAUGCCUAGUUUACUAGCUUCUCUAACAUCAAAAUUAGAAAUGAAUUGGCAAUCAUCAACAAUACAACAUUUAAUUAAUUCAAAUGAUUAUUUAGAGAAAAAUGUUGCACAACAAUUACCACCUUUAAUUCAACCAAAAUUAAUUGGAUUAAAUGGUUCCAAUGGUUCUGUUCCUGUCUCGUUUUCUUUCACUUGGACACGUUAUCAGCCAACAAUAGAAGUAUUGACAGAUAAGAAUGAUGCAUUCAAAUCAACUGAUAAUGAAUCGUUGAAUAUUAAACUUAAUCCAUUCAUUGAACCGGAAGUUGUAAUUUUAUUGACAACUGAUCAAAUUAAAAAUUUAUUGAGCAAAUCAUCUAAACAAGAAUUACACGAGAAUCCAAAUCUUAUUGCAUUUGGUACAACUUUAAUGAAUUUACAACGACCAAUUACUUGUAUUUUCUUGACAGGACCUACUUUUAAAUCAAAAACUAACCAUGUGUCAUCAUCAUCAUCAGCAACCACAACAACAAACUCAAUGAAUCAUUCUGCAUCACAUACAUCAUUGAAUGAAUUAUGCGCUGAAUUACAAUUAAAUUGGCAUGUGCAUAGUACUCGUGUAACAUCGAAUUUAAAUGAUGUUGCUAUGAUAUUAAAUGCAAUUACAAGAUCAUUAGCUGAGAGACCAUUUAAACAAGGACGUUUAGAACAAGAUGAAGGACUGGCAUUUCUACCAAAUACUAUACAUAAAGGUUUAAGUGGUUGUGCUUCACGUGGUCGUGGUCCUGGUAAAGCACCAAUUAUAAAUAAUAUUAACAACAGUAAUAAUUCUAACACACUAACUACUGUACAAGAACAAACUUCACAUUUAUGGUCUAAUCGUGUAUGGCUUGCACAAUUAGGUCAAUGGCGUGGAUUAACCGGUGAAAUUGCACAUGCAAUCACUUUAAUUUAUCCAACUGCUCGAUCAUUUUAUAAUGCAUGUCAGUUAGCUGAAAUUCAAUCAAAUUCAAAUCACUCGACAGCGUCAUCAUCAUCGUGUUCUGAUCGAAUGACCAAUCAUCCAUUUGAACUAGACUUGGCUAAUUUAGAAAUACGUCGUGGUGCUGGUGUCCUAAUGACAAAACGACGUUUAGGUGUAGAAUUUGCUAGACGCCUGAUUAAAUUAUUCACAUCGACUAAUCCUAAUGAAAUUGUCAAUUAAGGAGAGGGAGAGGGUGAGAGCAAGGGAGAAUGUUUGCUGAUUUU